ACUCUAGAGAAAAAAAAGAUUACUUUUUAAAUCAUUAAUUAUUUUUGAUUACAUGGUAACAUUUGGAUAGGGGCAAUUAUUUAUCCACUCAACUGCCACCUCUGUCAUUGACUGACCUGGAACUUUUCAAUCCAACUCUGAAGGUUAUUAGGUAUCCAGGAGGGUCAAAUGGAGUCAGAAAGACAAGGAAACAUAAGGUUAAUUUACUUAACAUUUAUGGUCACAGCAAGAUACUUACUUGCCUUCCUAAUUGAGAUCUUAACCAUGAGGAGAACAUCUUCCUGCAUGUUUGGCUUAAAAUAAUAAUUACCACUUUGCUUCUCACCUUACUCAUUAUUUAUAUAAUAACCACCCCUUGGUUAUCUAUGGCCAAUUUAAUCAUAUAAAACUCUUGUUUUCCAUAUUUGUUAAGCCAAGUAGAUAAUAAAAUCAAUGUUGAGAAUACUUACCACUUCCUUGUUUAUUUUUAUUGCUUAAUGAAGCUUGCAGCCCCAAAUAUGUUCUACUGACCUCCUCCAACUUAGAGUUUAUAUGGCAAAGAUACUAGGGCAAAAGAAAUUAACAAUCCAGAGCAAUCCAUUUUAGACUGGUACUUUACAUACAUGUGAAAGCUGAUGAUAGUUCUCCAUCAUGAAGGAAGGGAAAAAUUCUGAGUAGUGGGACAAGAAGAGGAGAUAAUGAAUCAUAGCUCUUUUUAACUCAGUUCUUCCCAAUACACUUUAUAAUUUAGCUUUAAUUCCCAAGACAGCAUAGUCAGUGUUAUUUAAAUGUGAGUACCAAUAUACUUCCCAAACCAUGUAUAGAUGACUUGAAACUUAUCUACUAUUUUUGGUUGUCUGUAUUCUCUCAGUCUCUUCCAUUAGUGUGAAUGAUCAUUAAUAACUGCAGAUGACCAAGUGACAGUUUUAUCUAGAACUGUUUGCUGUUUUACAUCCUAAAUUAUCGGUUAGUAGUCCCCACUCAUCUUGAUCUAGAAGUGGCUGUUAGUCCUUUUUGUUGUCUUUUUUCUUCAGAAUCGUAAGCACCAUUGUUCUGUCUUAGUAUCUGAAUAAGAUUGUGCAGUUGAAGUGGGAGCAGUGAGUACUGGAGGUAACAGCAUUUUCGGCACGUACAGAGCAUGAUUGAGACCUUACAGUGGUUUGGGGAGCAAAUGGGAAAAUAGGGUUGGUGGUAGGGGAAAAUAGUGUAAACAUUCAAAGUACUGACAGAUGAUUUUUUUGCAGAAGGCAACACUAAAAAUUAUUUAGUCAAUUGCCCACAUUUUAGAAAAUGAAGAAGCUAGGACUCAGAAAUGUCAAGCAGCUUGCCUAACAUUACACAAGCAAUUAGAAUGCCUGAUUGUAGUGUGGUAGUUUCUUCCUUACACCCUGCUUCCUGACUCUCUGCAACUGGACAGGGUAGGGUACUUCUAGUCCAUGAGGACAAUCACAAUGUCCAUUUCCCAGCAUGUCUAGGUAGGGGUGACCCAAGGCCUCCUUCAUUCCAUGUCAGGAAUCAUGACAGAAGAAGUGGUGGAAAAGCUUUCUCAGAAUCCUUUUACCCAUGUCCUUUGAACAAGGAUAGAAAUGUUGGCAUCCAGUGGUCCAGGUAAGUUCUAGACUAUCAUUUGACAUAAUUCCUACUUGAAGAGGGUAUAUAGUGGCAGUACGGAAUAUACACCCCACUGAUACCCUCAUUAUCUAUCCCAGAGCCUCUCCAUUCUGCCCCAAUCCUCCUUUUAUGCCACCAUUUUUCAUUAUCUCUAAUGAAGUGUUGGAGGUCAAAGUACUUUAUGGAUUUUACAAAGUACUAAUUAUAUAGCAUCUUUUUCCAGAGACUCAGGGUAUGAAAGCCAUUCAAUUAGUAUGAAGUUGAUUUCGUUGAUGGAGCUUCAGAGUGUUGUACAUUUUAAAUAAAGAAGAACAUAUGAGAGUGUUCACUCUUUCUGCAGCACUGUUGGUUUUGAAUGGGGAGCUGGUUCUUUGGAAGGGUCUUUGAUGAAGAUUCCCUGGAAUGUAGUUAUUAAACAUUUACUGAGUACUUCCAAGGUGACACCCAGUAGACUAGAAGGGAGAGAUACAGAUAACUAUUACACAUCAUGAUAACUGUCAUAAUAGAGACCCUAGGAACUAUGGUAACAGAGAAAGUCAGGCACUUAAAAAAGAUUGAGAUGAGGAGGGAAGGACAGCUUCCCGGAGAUGUUGACUUAAGCUAAAUUUUAAAUGAAGAAUGGAAAUUAGCCAUUCAGAACAGGAGUAGAGAAAGUAUUUUGGGUAGUAGGAACAACUCUCAGAAGCACAGGGUAUGAAAUAGUGUACUGCUGACCAGGAAACAGCAAGUGGUUGUCACAGUGAAGUGGAGGUGCACAUAGAGAAUGGAAGAUGGUGAACAACAAGUAAAAAUGAAGUCCUUCAGAGAAGCUCAUAGCCAGACCGAAAAGCGGAGGAGAGAUAAAAUGAAUAACUUGAUUGAAGAACUGUCUGCGAUGAUCCCUCAGUGCAAUCUCGUGGCACGUAAACUGGACAAACUUACAGUUUUAAGAAUGGCUGUGCAACACGUGAAGGCUUUAAAAGGUGUGACAAAUUCUUAUGUGGGAGAUACGUAUAGACCUUCAUUUAUUCAGGAUAAUGAGCUCAGACACUUAAUCCUGAAGAAUGCAGAAGGCUUCCUACUUGUGGUUGGAUGUGAAAGAGGAAAAAUUCUCUUCGUUUCUAAAUCAGUCUCCAAAAUACUUAAUUAUGAUCAGGCUAGUUUGACUGGACAAAGCUUAUUUGACUUUUUACAUCCAAAAGAUGUGGCCAAAGUAAAGGAACAGCUUUCUUCUUCGGAUAUCUCACCAAGAGAGAAGCUAAUAGAUGCCAAAACUGGUUUGCAAGUUCACGGUAAUUUUCACACUGGAAGGACACGUGUGUAUUCUGGCUCAAGACGAUCCUUUUUCUGUCGGAUGAAGAGUUGUAAAGUCUCUGUCAAAGAAGAGCAUGAAGGCUUACCCAACUCAAAGAAGAAAGAUCAUAGAAAAUUCUGUACUAUCCACUGCACUGGUUACUUGAGAAGCUGGCCUCCAAGUAUGGUUGGAAUGGAAGAAGAAAGGGACAAUAAGAAAGACAGUAGUAAUUUUACCUGCCUUGUUGCCAUUGGAAGAUUACAUCCAUGUAUUGUCCCACAGAACAGUGGAGAGAUUAAAGUGAAACCAACUGAAUUUAUAACCCGUUUUACAAUGAAUGGAAAAUUUGUCUAUGUGGAUCAAAGGACAACAGCAAUUUUAGGAUAUCUGCCUCAGGAACUUUUGGGAACUUCUUGUUAUGAAUAUUUUCAUCAAGAUGACCAUAGUCAUUUGACUGACAAGCACAAAGCAGUUCUGCAGAGUAAAGAGAAAAUAUUUACAGAUUCAUACAAAUUCAGAGUGAAAGAUGGCUCUUUUGUAACUUUAAAAAGCCAGUGGUUUAGUUUCACAAAUCCUUGGACCAAAGAACUGGAAUAUAUUGUGUCUGUCAACACUUUAGUUUUGGGACAUAGUGAGACUGGAGAAGCAUCAUUACUUCCUUGCAGCUCUCAAUCGAAAGAAGAAUCUUCCAGACAGUCUUGUAUUAGUGUGCCCAGAAUGUGCACUGGAACAGUACUUGGUGCUGGUAGUAUCGGAACAGAUAUUGCAAAUGAAGUUUUGGACUUACAAAGGUUACAGUCUUCUUCAUCCCUUGAUGAUUCAAGUCCAACAGAUUUAAUAAAAGAUACUCACACUAUAAAUUGCAGGAAUAUGUCAAAUAAGGAGUUGAUCACACUAAGUCCUUCUGAAACAGGGGAGCUAGAGGCUAAAAGGCAAAACCAGAGCGCUGUGGCUCCCGGCAGUCACCAACCCCUCCUCGGUGAAGGUGCCCAGCUGGAUUUUGAUGCCCUGUGUGACCAUGACGACACAGCCAUGGCAGCUUUCAUGAAUUACUUAGAAGCAGAGGGGGGCCUGGGAGACCCCGGGGACUUCAGUGACAUCCACUGGACACUCUAGCAUUUGAUUUUUAACUCCAAAAAUGAGAAACAUUUUAAAGCAUUUCAUUUACAAAAAACUGUAUAUUCUUCUGUACUGUAUUGAUACUGUUUUUAUCAUUCCUAUUAAUGGUCUGCCAAUUUUUAUACAUUUGCAGCUUACUUUCACAGGGCUAUGGGGAAAUGUGAUUUUUCCUUCAAAUAGAACUGCUCAGAGUUUCCUGCAGACACAUUUACUCAGUGAAAUGGCUUAAAACCCACUAGUCGUUAUAUUUUUGAUAAAAUAUUUCUAACCAUGAAUAUCACAUACAUCUUGUCUUGGUUUUGUUUUUAUUUUUUGAUGCAGUUUGAGUUUGUGUAAUGAAUAUAUUGACAUUUUCCUUGUGUCUAAGAUCCAUUUAUAAUUGAUUUCUAAUAGUAGAUUUGUGUAAUUUGGAACAUUUCCAUUCCUGGUAUAUUUCCCUAAUUGAGGAUAGGGUUUAUAGAUUUGAACAUUUAAAGGGACAGUGCAAUUUAUGGUCAUAAUCACAACCAAUACUGUAUUUAGUCUUUGAAGUCUCGCACAGUCCAAAGCCGGGAUAUUAAUGCUCAGUCAAGCACCUUGAGAUGGAUUUUAAGUUAAUUGAUUUUUUUAUUUAAAAUCACAAAAGCUGAGAGUCUCAUCUUUGCUUACAGAAAAGGAAAGAUUUUGGACCCCAGAUCUUAGUGAUUUACCUUUGAAUAAAAGAUUUACCUCUAAUGAAGCCACUCAAGAUUUUCAUUACAGAUACGACAGGUUUGAUGCUAAAAAGGUGCUUAGUGAUGGAUUAGUCUUGGAGGAAGGAACACACCCAGGCAGAUUAAAUGGCUUGUGUAAAAUCACAAUUAAAUUUGUAUAUUGUUUGAUGUGUAUAAACCAUUUUUUUAAUACACAUUUGAGAAAGCAAUGGUGUCACUGGCUAAGGGAUUAAUUAAAUGACCCAGGAACUAGUCAUGGCAUUCUAUAUUAUUAGGUAAUUAUAGUUACUGUUUCCUGUACCAAAGGCAAUUAUAUAAAUGGUAAAUACAUUAAAACCACGAGGCAAUGAGAAAGAAUUUAAAAACCAAUUUUCUAGCUGUAAUUAAAAAUUUGGAGAGCAUUUCUUUAAUCAGUAAUUAAUACAGGCAUGGCUCAAAUUGAGUCUAAGAAUUAAGAAUAUUUCAGAUACUGUAUGUAUAUCUACCUUUUCGAAGAUCAUACUUCCAUAAUACCUUCUGUUUUAAUAGCUCUUCCUACUGAGUGUGUUCCCGUAUGUUCUCUUUUGUGCCCCACAAAUUAAAGUAAGAUAGGUUAGGAAACUAACGGGGAAACCCUGACACUCAGAUGUGUGGUUCAAAUCCAGUUUUCUUUCUUGAUAUGGUACUAUAACUUUCCAGCAGAUUCCCUCAGAGCCCCCACCAAAACAUAUUUCUUUAGGUUGUAGGUGACAGAUUAGAACUGCCAUCAAACACAUUCAUGGCACAUACCAACAGGCAACAACCAAAAGCCUCUGUCCCCUUCAAACGUGACAUUUGCAGUAGCAGUGCGGACAAGGAUGUAUUGGCCUAUUGUCUUUAGCUGAUACAGUAUUCCAGCAAUGUCAGAGAGUCAGCACCACUCCUGGUUCUGACACUUGAGGACCUGAGAGACAUCCAGGUUUAGAAUAAACCAAAGAAAGCCUACAAGGUGGAGGAGAUUGGUCUGCAGCAGCCUAAGCAUGAUAGUUAAGUCUGAAGAAGCAUGAACGAUCACGUCUGUUCUAAGGCAGGCACAGAGGCCUGCUGACAAAUAUAAUAUUUUAGGGGUCUGAACCAUUGCAGGUUGGCCUUGACCUCCAGAGUUGACCUAAGCCAGUGGUAGCAGAUGGCUACCAUUGUGACUAGAUGGCUUCAAAAGCAGAUGGGGCAAACCCUCCUGAUGCAAGGAUCUGAGGGGCAGAGUUUCUAGGGGAGGUCCCUGUGGCCUUGCAUGCUAGCAGUUCUCUCAUUGCAAGAGGGGGGCUUAUUCCAUAGACCUGAAGGCGGGUAGCCAACUGAAUGCCUUGAUCCCUCUAUAACCCACUUUAAUCUUUGUCUGUAGACCUUCUUGCCCUGGAAACAGAAUCCAAUCCAUGCAUCGUAUGAUACUGUAGCUCUCCCAAAUUUGGUGUUUUCUUCAAAAUGCAUUCUAUUUACAUUUGACUGCUACUAGGAGUGACUUAUGGCUUUUUAUGGCUUACACUAUAUUUUUCCUCCUACCAAUUAAUUUCUUGCAUUCUGGUUAAAAAUAUCUAAAAGUUUAAUGACAUUAUCAUAAAAAUAGGACUCUAGUUUUUUUGUUUUUGUUUUUUUAAACCCUAAGAAUUAUACUUGGUCCUCCAAAAAUGCGGGUUCUGCAUCCGCGGAUCAACCACCUGCAGAUCGUGGACUAUGUUUACCAUCCGCAGUUGGUUGAAUCUGCGGAUGCGGAACCCGUGGAUAAGAAGAGCCGACUAAGGGACUUGAGCAUCCUCAGAUUUUGGUAUUCGCGGGGGUUCCUGGAACCAAAUCCCCCGCGGAUACCGAGGGACGACCGCACCUAAAAUAAUGUAGCGGAGUGGAAGGACUGCCUACGAUCAGAAGAACCCACUCUGCCUAAGUUUAUCUGUGUGACCUCAAGGAAGCCAUUUAAAGUCUCUGCACCUCAGUUUCCAUAUUUGUAAAAAGAGGUUUGAUCUCUCAGUUUAUUUCUAGUUCUGAUUCUGUUAUUCUAAUCCACAGGACUUGAGCGUUAAGAGUCAGAACCUAUAACUGCUGUCCAGUGUGAUAGCCAUUGGCCACAUGUGGCUAUUGAGCACUUGUAAUGUGGCUAAUAUGUAUUGGGAUGCACUGUAAAUGUAAAAUACCAGAUUUCGAAGACUUAGUAUGAAAAAAAUAGAAAAUACCACACUAACAAUUUUAUAUUAACUACAAUUUCAAAUAAUAUUUUCGAUAUACUGAAUUAAAUUAAACAAUUUUUUUUUUACUUUUCUAAUUUGGCUACUAGAAAAUUUUAAAUUACACUUGUGGCACACAUUAUAUUUCCAUCCAAUAGCGCUGCUCUAGAACAUUUUAUUAAGUGGAUAUUACUUAAGUAGACCAAAAGUUAUACCAUAAGUAUAUGUACCUCUAAAUGUUAUGGUUUAAAGAAUAAUUAUUUAUUGAUCCGUGAUUCAUUACAAUCAAAUAACUGUGAGCCUCUAUCCAUGUAUCAAAUUUAAAACAUUUGAAAUUAGUAAACUUGAAAAUGUUAGAUAUUUUAUUACAUGAUGGUAAUCUGAAAUCAAAUAAGACGAGGGAUAUGUUGACACUAUGGUAGUCACUAAGUUUGGAAAUCCAUUGAGAAACAGAAUCAGGGAGAUACAGAAUAGACUUUUGGUAAAUAAAUGGAAUUAGACAAGUAUUUAAUUACAAUGUCACAAUGGGAAAAGGCUGUAUUCGUUGGUCGUCAUAAUCUUUGAGGAGUCUCUGUUGAGUCUACGGCACAGGUAUAUGAAAUAGCCACGAUCUAGUUAUCAGACCGUGUACAGUGGCGUCUGCUUUCAGCUCCUGCUCUAAAGAGGUACCUACCACUCAGGGAGGGCAUUGCUGGGCUCUGGAAUUGGAGACUCCUGUUUGCCAAGCACAGUAUGAUGGGCACAGCAGGGCUGACAGACAGGAUGGUCAGAAGCCAUAAGAAAACCUGCUAGGCGGCCACUAGGUGUCACUUUCCCAUUUCUGUAGUGCUUUGUUUUCAUUAGAUUAUUGUUCCCAAGUUCCACAGGGCCUAGGAAAGGCAUUUGUGACUUUUGUGCCUAGAAUAAGUCUGCCUUUCUGGUGUGAGUUGUUUUAUGAGAAAUGCUUUUCAAGAGAAGUCUGGGAAGAUCCUUCCAAUGUAAUAUAAGAAUUUUGGUUUAGGGGCUUUCCAGUAAAAGCUGACUUUAGAAAGAAAACCCAUCCAACGUGGAAUAUGCUUUCUGAACUCAUUUGAGAGCGUAUGGUGUGUGUAUCACUGCUCAUAUAUUCCUGAAUUUAGGUUUGUAUUUUAUACAAUUUUUAGCUCUUUUCCAGUUCACUUGCUCUUGUCUAUAUAUUGGUCUUUUAAAAAUUUUCUGGUAAACAAUGAAAAGAGUGAAAUUAAACUAUAUUUUAUAAUA